GAAAGUAUGAACAAGUUAGUGCCACAAACACUCAUACAGUCUAUGCUUAGACUAGGCUGUGCAGUGUGGUGCUUAGGCAUGAGAGCUACACAAAAGAUCACAGGACUAAACUGGAGUUAGAAGAAUGUGCAGAGCUUUUAUUGUUUUUUUAGAUUACUGAAUGCUCACUGGGGGACAUUUUUCAACUUCUCCAUGGCUUUAACUGCGACGGACCACAAACAUAGCUUCAAAAUGAAUGGGUCCGGAAUUUACGGCAGAGUCGGGCUGAGGAAAGAGGUAACCCAGGGAAAAGCUGUCAAAAUUAUCCAGUUCAAAGAAAGUGAUUAUUCUAUAGAUGGACUGCCAAAAGCGUUUCUUCACAGCCUAAGAACUUUGUUUGACAUCCUGGAUGACAGCGGCAGGGGGUACGUCCACAUUUCAGAGAUAGAGAGCCGCUGGCAGGGGGCAGACACCCGAGAUCUCCCCGCGGGUGUGCUGGGGUGUUUGCGUAGGGUCGCUCCGCCACAUGGCUGCCUCUCGUUCGAGCGCUUUGUUGCGGGUUUACGGUACUCUAUGCUCAAUCCGGAGAACCACAUGAAAGUUCAGGCAACAGUUCACCCCCAAUCUGCACUAAAACAGCCUGCUAAAUCUGCCCCUAUCCCUGUGCCUGAAAACAAGGUCCGUCCGCUUGGCCCGAGCAACUUGACAAACACCCAGCAUCAGCUCCUGAGCAGGCCGGAGGAGGCUGUGUUCACCGCCUGUGCACCUCCGCGGUAUGGCGUGGACAGGCCUGGGAGGAGUCUGGAGCGUAUCCCUGUCGCUCCUGAAGCCGGUUGUUAUCGGAUGGACCAGAAUCAUGUGCCCAGACUAGGUCACACUCAGCCGGGCGGGAUCAGGUCCAUAGAGUCUCUGGACUUAGAGUCUCCUCGGCUUUCAAGACCAAGUGGUGUUGGGAAAUCAGGUUUACCAAGAUCUCAGAGUGAAUCAGCAACAGGACUUACUGGUGGGUCUAGACGUCAUGGGAGGAGUCGUGAGGAGCAGAGACGGCACACUAUAUCCAAUGGAGUGGACUAUGGCAUGCUAAAGCAAAUGAAGGAGCUGGAGCAGGAGAAGGACUCCCUGCUGGCGGGCCUUGAGGUGGUUGAACGGGCCCGGGAGUGGUACCAGAGCCAAAUCCACAAUGUCACUGAGAGGCAGAGACAGAUCGGCCAGAAUUCAAAGUGCACAGAUUUCUUUAAUGAAGCAACACAAUGUCGCAUGAAUGUUUUAAUUCCAAAACUCCAAGAAGUCAACCGAUGCCUGAGUGACCUUAUUACCUGCACAGGGAUGUCUCUUUCCCCCAGUGGAAGUCAGACGUCUCCACUGUCCAGCAGCUCACAGCCUCCACCUCCAGCCCCUCCCCAAGCCAUCCAGAGACUAAAGGACCAAAACAGACUCCUCACACAGGAGGUGUCAGAGAAGAGUGAACGCAUCACUCAGCUGGAGCAGGAGAAGUCCGCUUUGAUAAAACAGCUUUUUGAAGCUCGUGCUCGCAGUUCACAAGAUGCAAGCACCCUGGACUCAACUUUUAUCUGAUAACGCCACUUGACACUUUUCAACAAACCUCUCUGUAUAAAGACUCAAACUGCUGAGGAGACAAAUCGAUGCACUCCUAGCCUUUUGUUUACCCAGCUGUCCAGAUAUGACAGUAACGCACCUUUAACCCGGUAAUACUACCACUCCAGACCGCAAACAUGCUCUACAGGGAUGUGACCAGUCCCAAGAGUCCUGCUCUAUCAGAGGCUGUUGUUUAAAGACUUUUUGUUCCACAGCAAACUCUGUGACCUUUAGAGUUCCACUAAAACAUUUAACUGUUUCAUUGAAAAGUAUCUCUAGAGACCUCAUCACUUUCUUUCUUACAAGAUGGCAGCACCUGUAACAUUUCAUGUUCUAUUCUCCAAAGACUAUCUGGCCACAAGGUCCCAAAGCAUUAGGGACAGCUCAUUGUUCCAGUCAAGACCUCUUUCUCACAGCAUGGGAAGACAAAAUAAAAUGCCAUCUUUUUAAUGACUGACAAAAUAGUCUGCUUGCAGUGAUCUAUCACUUAUAUUUUAGGUUUGUACUUUCAUCUAAAAGGUGCUAAUAUUAUUUUCACUUUAGUUUAAACCUGUGAUGUUUUGUGGGUCCAUUCACUACAGAAGAUGGCGUUUUUCAUUUGCAGUAGCAUGUUGGAUUUGUUACGGCAUGUUUCAGGACAGAAAUGUCACAGAAGACAGUUUUAGGAUGUAGAAGAAGAGAGAUGAGAAAGUUUUGCACGUAGCAGAAAAUUUUAAAAAAGCACAGGCUGAAUGUGUCUCAGUAUGAGCUUUGCAGAUGGCACAUGUUUUACUUUGGUAUCAGUUUGGUGUUUCAGGGUCACAGCCACUGCCUUUAGUGGUGUGUUUACACAUUGUAUUUUAUAGAGCUAGUUUACAGCAGAAUUACUAAAGCUGUGAGAACAUGUUUUUUAAAUAUGUAAUACACAUGCAUUUAAUCACUAAGCACAAUAGAAAACAUUGAUGUCAGUGGGGGUAGAUAGAUAAAAACAGCUCUUGUUUUGCUUUGUUUUGAGGCAGUGAAAAAUUUUAUGGUACUUACGGGAUAGCUGCAUUCUUAAAUGGCAGGAUAAGGCAUUGAUGUGUCUUUUGACUUUGUGAUUGUAAGUUUGAAGCUGCUCAAACCAUGUUAUUUGUGAAUAAAAGUGUCAUCACUAAAUUUAGAAUAAAUAAGAUCAAAAAA